CAGGCCACUCCCGGGAAGCGCACUGCUGCUCCGCCUCGCACACGGACGCUGUCCUCGCGCGCCUCAGCUGCUGUGCGCUCUCCUCUGUCUGCGCGCGUCUUCUCCUCUUUCUACUGUCCGGAUCUAGGGGGGGCGGGGGUGUCGAGGUGGAGGCAUGUAGCAGAGGAUUCACGGCGCAGAGCGAGCAGCAUGUAGCAGCACCUGGAGCUCCGCGAACAUCGCCCGCCUCCAUCCUCCUCCGGCUCCUCUGCCGUGCCGGAGCGCUCGUUGCUCCUCUCGGGCUGAAGCAUCGCCUGCACCGGGAUCUUUCCGAGGAUUUUUUUUUCUGUAGGGGUGGGUGGGGGGUUUGUUUACUGCACGGGCGUGUGAGCGUGUUCCUCCCCGCCGCUCUGCACCUCUCGGUCGAUGGUCGUUGGGGAAGCUUCCAUCUUGAGUCCCGUGUCUACCGAAAGAACCAUGGCGAGCGACUCCCCGGCACGGAGUCUGGACGAGAUAGACCUGUCUGCACUACGGGACCCAGCCGGUAUCUUUGAGCUGGUCGAACUGGUUGGGAAUGGGACCUAUGGGCAGGUCUACAAGGGUCGCCAUGUCAAAACUGGCCAGCUCGCUGCCAUCAAGGUCAUGGAUGUCACAGGCGAUGAGGAGGAGGAGAUUAAAGCCGAGAUCAACAUGCUGAAGAAGUACAGCCACCACAGGAACAUAGCAACCUAUUAUGGAGCCUUCAUCAAGAAAAAUCCUCCAGGAGUGGACGACCAGCUCUGGUUGGUGAUGGAGUUCUGCGGGGCCGGCUCGGUGACAGAUCUGAUCAAAAACACCAAAGGGAACUCCCUGAAGGAGGAGUGGAUCGCCUACAUCUGCAGAGAGAUCCUCAGGGGUCUGACCCACCUCCACCAGCACAAGGUCAUCCACAGAGAUAUCAAAGGCCAGAACGUGCUGCUGACGGAGAACGCGGAGGUCAAACUCGUGGAUUUUGGUGUGAGUGCUCAGCUGGACCGUACGGUGGGACGGAGGAACACGUUUAUUGGGACCCCGUACUGGAUGGCCCCGGAGGUCAUCGCCUGUGAUGAGAAUCCUGAUGCCACGUAUGACUUCAAGAGUGAUCUGUGGUCGCUCGGUAUCACAGCCAUAGAGAUGGCAGAGGGAGCGCCACCUCUGUGUGACAUGCAUCCAAUGAGGGCGCUCUUCCUCAUCCCCAGAAAUCCUGCCCCGAGACUCAAAUCAAAGAAGUGGUCGAAGAAGUUCCAGUCGUUCAUAGAGAGCUGCCUGGUGAAGAGUCACAGCCAGAGGCCGAGCACCGAGCAGCUCCUCAAGCACCCCUUCAUCAGAGACCUCCCCAAUGAGCGGCAGGUCCGCAUCCAGCUGAAGGACCACAUCGACCGCACCAAGAAGAGGAGGGGCGAGCGAGAUGAGACGGAGUACGAGUACAGUGGGAGUGAGGAAGAGGAUGAAGAGAGGGACAUAGGAGAGCCCAGCUCCAUCAUCAAUAUUCCGGGCGAGUCCACGCUGAGGCGAGACUUCCUGCGUCUGCAGCUGGCCAAUAAGGAGCGGUCGGAGCUGAUCCGGCGUCAGCAGCUGGAGCAGCAGCAGAACGAGGAGCACAAGCGCCAGCUACUGGCCGAGAGACAAAAACGUAUAGAAGAGCAGAAAGAGCAGCGGCGACGGCUGGAGGAGCAACAGCGUCGCGAGCGAGAGCUGAGGAAGCAGCAGGAGCGAGAGCAGAGGAGGAGGUAUGAAGAGAUGGAGCAGCUCCGCCGCGAGGAGGAGAGGAGACACGCCGAGAGAGAGCAGGAGUAUAUCCGUAGACAGCUGGAGGAGGAGCAGAGGCAGCUGGAGAUCCUGCAGCAGCAGCUCCUGCAGGAGCAGGCCCUACUGCUGGAGUACAAGAGGAAGCAGAUCGAGGAGCAGCGGCAGGCCGAGCGGCUGCAGAGGCAGCUGCAGCAGGAGCGGGCGUACCUGGUGUCGCUGCAGCAGCAGCAGGAGCCGCCGCGACCGCCGCAGGACAAGAAGCAGCUGUACCACUACAAGGAUCAGGCGCCCAGCAGCAACGACAAGCCCACCUGGGCCAAAGAGCAUAAAGUCUCCAACCGGAUCUCAGACCCAACCCUGCCGCCACGCUCUGAGUCCUUCAGCAGCGGGGGCAUCCAGCAGGCCCGGACUCCGCCCAUGCACCGCUCCAUGGAGCCACAGGUUCCUCAGAGGACGACCUCCAUCUCUCCGGCUUUGGUCAGGAAGAACUCUCCUGGAAAUGGGCCAGGCCUCGGCCCGCGGGCCGGCGCUCACCUCAUACGGGCCAGCAACCCUGACCUGCGGAGGCCUGACAUGUACUUGGACACUCCCCUGAAGAGAACAAGCAGCGGCAGCUCCUCCAGCUCCAGCACCCCCAGCUCUCAGGGAGGCUCCAAUGAGCGAGGUAAUUCAGCCUCUAAGACUGAAGGCCACGACGCCAAAGACGACAACAGAGAGAUAACCCGACCCAGCAGGCCUGCAAGCUAUAAGAAAGCUGUAGACGAGGAUCUGACGGCUCUGGCCAAAGAGCUUAGAGAGCUGCGGCAGGGCGAGGAAACCAGCCGCCCGCCGGUCAAAGUGACUGACUACUCGUCGUCCAGUGAGGAGUCCCACAGCAGCGAGGAUGAGGAGGGAGAGGGCGGGGCUAACGAUGGAUCUGUGGCUGUCAGUGAUAUCCCACGCAUCAUGCCCGCUGCGAGUCAGAGCACCAACGAGUCCUUCGGCACAGCGGGAGAGCACAACGACACCAACGAGGACACGUAUGCAAACAGCUCCCAGGACAGCACCCUAGUGAUGCGUGAGAAACACAGGGAACGGAGGCGGAGCUCAACCGCCAGCAACGGUUUCCCCGGCAAACUGUUCUAUGGCAGCGCCAAUCUCCCCGAUUUGGUGCAGCAAAGCACCUCCCCCCUGGUCUCUCCAGGGGAUGCCUGUGGGGUCCAAUUUGGCAUGGGAGGCAGCGGAGGCUCCAAGGCCUCCUUCACGCCAUUUGUUGAUCCGAGGGUGUACGGGACCUCCCCGACCGACGAAGAUGAUAAAACCUCAGCCUCAGCGCUGUUUGCUGAUGAGUUGCUGAAGCAUGAGCAGGAGCAGGCGAGGCUCAACGAGGCCCGCAAGAUCUCCGUGGUCAACGUCAACCCCACUAACAUCAGGCCGCACAGCGACACGCCCGAGAUCCGUAAAUACAAGAAACGCUUCAACUCGGAGAUCCUCUGUGCGGCUCUCUGGGGAGUGAACCUGCUGGUGGGAACGGAGAACGGCCUGAUGCUGCUGGAUCGAAGUGGUCAAGGCAAAGUUUACAACCUGAUCAAUCGAAGGCGCUUCCAACAGAUGGACGUCCUGGAGGGACUCAACGUCCUGGUCACCAUCUCAGGGAAGAAGAACAAGCUGCGGGUUUACUACCUGUCCUGGCUGAGGAACAGGAUAUUACACAAUGACCCUGAAGUGGAGAAGAAACAGGGUUGGAUUACAGUCGGGGACCUGGAGGGCUGCGUGCAUUACAAAGUCGUGAAGUACGAGAGGAUUAAAUUCUUGGUGAUUGCUCUGAAGAACUCAGUUGAGAUCUAUGCCUGGGCACCUAAACCUUACCACAAGUUUAUGGCUUUCAAGUCUUUCACUGACCUGCAGCAUCGCCCCCAGCUGGUGGACCUGACUGUAGAGGAAGGGCAGAGGUUAAAGGUCAUCUAUGGCUCUAGUGUUGGCUUCCAUGUAAUUGAUGUGGAUUCUGGAAAUCCCUACGACAUCUACAUCCCCUCACAUAUUCAGGGUCAGGUGACCCCGCACGCCAUCGUGGUUCUGCCCAAGACGGACGGCAUGGAGAUGCUGCUGUGCUACGAGGACGAGGGCGUCUACGUCAACACCUACGGACGCAUCACCAAAGACGUGGUGCUGCAGUGGGGCGAGAUGCCCACCUCCGUCGCCUACAUCCACUCCAACCAGAUCAUGGGCUGGGGAGAGAAGGCCAUUGAGAUCCGGUCCGUGGAGACGGGACACCUCGACGGAGUUUUCAUGCACAAGCGAGCUCAGCGACUGAAGUUCCUGACGGAGAGAAACGACAAAGUCUUCUUCGCCUCGGUGCGUUCUGGAGGCAGCAGUCAAGUCUUCUUCAUGACCCUCAACAGAAGCUCCAUGAUGAACUGGUAACCCUUCCACCUCUUGGACCCGCAACCCUCGUCUUCUUCACCCUGAACAUUGGCCGCUGAGGGAUGGAGGGAUGACAGGAGGACGGCGUAUGUGUGUGUAAAUGUGUGUGCGUGUGUGUGUUUGUGGAUAAUCUGCUGCUGAACGGACAAUUGAGCAUCAGGAGAAAACUGCAGGAGUGUGCCCACCCCACACACACCCCCCUCCAGCUGCAGGGGGCACUACAGGGCCCCCGCGGAUGGUGUCACUGCCUGCUGAGCAAAGGUGACUCCUCGUGCUGUCGGCGGACGACGCCUCCUCCUCCCCUGCAGGCCAACGGCUGAUGUGGACAUGCCGAGUAGCCUUCGACCUCCCCGUUCGAUUGAGUGGGGAGCUGCAGAGAGGUUCCAAGUGUAGCACAUCAGUGACUUUACAUUACAGCAGUGUUCACACUGCGGGCACAGCGGCAGGUGGUUUGGCGUGUUACAGUGAAAGCUGGUACUGCUUCUUAUACUGUGAUUGAAUUAGGUUAGAAGCAUGAACGUCCACACUAAGCCUGCUGAAACUGAGAGUUUUGUGGAUUUGAGCGCCACCAAAUAAACGUUGACAAUCGUAAGAAUUUUUUGUCACCUGCACACAACGUGGUUUCUGGCUGCCUUUAAGUUUCUGCCGAGACAAACUAGUCCCUCGAAAAUAAUCGCCUUCCUUUGUCUCGAUGCACAUUUGACUCAGUAAGAGGUGAGAGGGGUGCGCACAGAUGGCAUUUAUUUAAGGUAGUGUUAAAAGAACAGACAUCGUGACAAAGACUUAUUUAUAGCCAAAAGCGAAUCGUUUAACAUUUUUGCAGAAUCUUUCAAAUAAAAAAUUUCAGGCUUUAGAAGAACUUAAAAAAUCCUCAGAGAGAAAUUGUUUUGUUAGUUUCUCGAAAGCAGAGGAAGAGAUCUGAAUGACGCAGUGGAAAGAGAAUUAGUGUGACCUUAACCUCCUAGGACCUGGCGUCCACAUAUGUGGUCAUCCCAUAUGUGGGUUAUUUGCUCUACAAGGGCCUGAUAUCCACUUACGAGGACAUUAUACUGCCACUGUUCUAUCGAAAUUUUAAACAAAUAUCCUCAUAUGUGGCUCUCAUUUUUCUUAGAAACAAAAAUCAGGUAAAAAAAAAAUCUGGUAAUUCUUUGUUUUUAUAUUCAUCAGGACCCAAUCAGCCCAAAUAUCAAAGAGAAAUUAAAAAUGCAUGCCGUGGAAGAGUUUGGGUCUUAGGAGGUUAAAUGACUAACACAGUCUCAAAGCUUUCUAUUAAUCAGUUACAAAUCUAUCUACAGUUUUGUGGUGACAAAUCUAACCCCUUUUUUAACCUUUAUUUUCAUCAGUCUGGGCCCAUAAAAAUAACCUGACAGUUCGUGUCCAUGAACAUGACAAAAACAGUUUGCCUUGUCACGACUUUCAUGUUUUGUUAUGAGACUGUGCUGAAAUGAGAAAUGAUGGCCGAGUGCAAAAUAGACGCUCACACUGAGCUUAUUAGUAAUAAUUUUUAUUUUUUUACUAAUCCAUACCCAUUCAGUACACGUUCUAUGAACCGAAGAGAGCAAAGUCUGAGUCGAGCCUGAGGUUGCCCUAACGCUGUCCCCCUUGGAUGCAUGUUAUCUCUGUUAUCUGAGCAGCUUCUGUCAUAUUUCAGGCCUACGUCGAGAACAAAACCACUGGGUGUGCAUCACUGUGGCUUCUGCCUAUACAGCUUACUAGAGCUACCCUUGAAAAAACCCAGAACCUUUUCAAUGGUAUCAAACCACAUGUUUAUUGGUAUUAUUGAGGUGUCAGAACUCGUCGUUAAGGAUACUGGGGAGGACGUCAGAUGUCAUCUUUAUGGAGGAAAGACUCAAACAUGAAGGCUCUUCCUCACAGUGGCCAAUACAUGUUAUGAAUUUAACACUGGAAUCCAUCGCUAUCUGCAGAUAUCCAAACCUGCAAAGCCAAAGCUAUGUAUUAUAUGGGAACUGGAAGAAGCUGAAUCGGUGCUUCCAAAAACCAACAAAUGUGUGUGUUGAAAUUUUAAAACACCCAGGCUUAGUGUGGAUAAGCUGCUUGUUGUCACGGCGAUAACAAUGGCAGUUUGAUGGCGGUUAGAUGUUCUGUCUCAGACCGAUGUAGCUCUUUGUUCCAGCAGGAAACCACGAGGCCGUGCAGACGGCGUUUCUCACAGUGUGAACACUGAUGCUGCUGCUGUUCUUCCCCGUUGGAGGCUAAAAUAGUUCAGACGAGCAGCGAGUGUCGCGGAGCUGCUGCACAGCCGGCUGCUUUGUCCCGGUUUGUUCCCAGCAGGGGGAGGGAGGUUGUAGAUAUUUACCAUUGCUGCAACAGCAACACAAUAACAAAAAUAUUUCCGUCAUUUUCUCACAGGAAGAACUGAGCUGUAGAGUAGGCGCCACCUUCUGGAAGUUUUUACUCUUGUCUGUCCACGCUGCUCUGUGUGCACUCGUGUAAAUACUCACUUUGAUGUUAAGGACAGACAAAGAAAAUAAUGACAGUCUAGCUUUUUAUCCUUUCUUUUCUUUUUUGGCUCAUCCUUUUGUAAAUCUGUCUACGCUUUAGGGGGACUGUACUCAAAAGUUUAGUUUGGAUUUUUCUCUCCAUAGUUCAUUUGCCUUUAUUUAGUUUUUGCAUGAUGGCAUUCAUGUUUUUUACCCGUCGUUACUUGUUAUGAGUUGUAAAUUUGAGGCAAUACGCGGUGGGGCGGGGGACGUCUGACUGUGUACCCUAAAUCUCUGAGCUGGAAACAACAGCUGGGCUUUUAUCUACUGAACUGCACACUGGAGGAUCACACGUUUACCAUUAAAGUUUUUAUGUUCAUGAUCAUUUCCAGAGUGCAGCUGGUAAAGAGCGAGCAGGAGCGUCUUCUUGAAGGUGGGAGUUAAGCCUUUGCUGACUGUACGCGCUUGUGUUUGUAGAAGGAAGCUGCUCCAUCCUUUACUUGAUCUUCUUUUGCUGUUUUUAAAAGAGAUGGCGGAGGGGGCGAGCGACGGCGCGUUAAGGCCAGCUGAAGCCUUUUACAUGUGCAGGAUGUUAGCAGCACCCUGUGAAUAAAGGUCAGGAGGCAGGGUCAGCUUGAGAAACCAUAGAUUAAAAAAAAGAGAUAUAUACUGUAAGAAUUUUCGUUAUGAUGAUGAUAUCCUACGGAUCAUUUUAGAGAAAGACAAAAAAAUGAUGUUCACUUAUUAAAGCAUAGUUGUCUUUCUACAGAAUAGAGAACAUAGCUAUAAGGAUUUCUAAAAAAAAAAAUCAAACAGUACGAUGUUUUUAUUGUGGUAUUAUUUGUAUUUGUAUUUCAAUUUUUGUACGUAUCAAGACUGUGAACAUAUGUACGAUUGUUAGCCUCUGAGUGUGCGUGAGUGCGUGUGUGUGCGCGUGCAUGGAGGUGAGCAGGUGUGUGCACAGGUGUGCACACAGGUGUGUGACAUGCAUGUGAGUUUUCACCCCGUCUGAAUCACUGGAAUCAAUCAAAAGACAACCUCGACCUGGUAACACGCAUCUGUGGUGUUGGGAAUUCUACAAUAAAUGUCCUCUCCUUGUACAGCAA